UCAGUAUUUCUCAUAAAGACGCUUUCUAUUUCUAUUUACUUUUCAUUGAAAUCCAAAGACAUUCAUAUUCAUGUGUCAAACUGGGACAAUCCAAAAAUAGUUGCUAUCAAGCGCUUUCUGAAACCACUCAUAAUCGACAACCACCAACGAAACGAAGAAGAAACGAAUUUUACAGAAAACCCCUAAUACAACCGAUUAGAGGUUUAAAGGUUCUCAGUUUUAGAAUAACCUAUUAAAGAGAAGAAUAUCCUUUUCGAAAGGCAAUUAAUUCUACAUUAUAAUCGCACUUAUUAUUCACACAAACUUCACAACACAAUUAUGGCUUCAUUUGCAGCGAAGUUCAUCAGUAAAAAAUUUCUGGGCGAAUCAGUCUCGAACAAGUUUGGAUCAGAGGACUUGUACUUUGAAACUGUUCCUGCUUCUCGCUUGGACGGUGUGCCAUCAAAAAAGAAGACACAAAAGAGAAGAAAAGCCAUACCUGCUGGCAUAUCAGAAAAAGAUGCAAAGGUUCUUACCAAAGUCAAGCGCCGAGCUUAUAGACUAGACAUGAGUCUAUUUAAUUGCUGUGGAAUUAGAUUUGGAUGGAGCAGUGUCAUUGGUCUCGUUCCUGCUAUUGGAGACGUUAUUGAUUUGUUCAUGGCGCUUAUGGUAUUUCGAACAUGCAGUCAAGUUGAUGGCGGACUUCCAAACAGUGUCAGAUCUAAAAUGAUGUUCAAUAUCGCGCUCGAUUUUGCCGUUGGUCUCAUACCAUUCGCAGGAGAUCUUGUCGAUGCAGUUUUCCGCGCCAAUACUAGAAAUGCGCUCGAGCUUGAAAGACAUUUGCGUGACAAAGGUGCGAAAAUAUUGAAGGCAAGAGGUGAAAGACUACCUGCCGUUGACGUUACCGAUCCGCAUGAAUUCGAUCUUUAUGAUCAGGAACUCUCAGAUGGAGAACCUCCACGAUAUACAUCCAGAGCAAACACGGAGACCGUCAGUCCUCGUGAGCCAGGCGGACGGAAUCGUCACAGUUGGUUCGGAUAUGGCAGCAGCGCACCCGUAGAGCGAACGACACAACCUGAUCCCGAACAAGGACGUCGUGUCAAAAGAUCAGAGCGAACAAGACAACCCGAUGUCGAUCAAAGUCGGCGCGAUAGAACAGACGCGCAAGAUCCUCCACUUCCAGCUCGCCCUCAGAAGGUUAGGAAGAGUGGUAGACGUUAGAGGAAUUGUGAUUGCUAUUUUAAGUUUGAAGGAUGUUCUAGGAACGUUCCAUAUUUGAAAGGUCCUGGAAAGGUUCUAGGAUGGAUCAAUUUCUUAAUGCCGACAUGAUUCCCUUUGUUUGUUCAGUAAUUGAUGACGCCUCGGUUUGUAAGUAACAAGAAAACGGAUUUGGUUUAGGCGCGGGGGGCUUUGAAUGUAAUAUAAGAUACCAUACCAUAGAUGCAAAUUAAUAAAAGUGCAAUUCCAUUCAAUCUG